GGGCCAAUCGCGGUGGAUAUUUAUUGGGUCCGUGCUCCUGAAUGACAGUCAGCAAAGAUGGCGUUGAGAGAGCUGUCCUCGCUGGAGAAAUCACUAGGAUUGAAAAAGCCAAACAAGUACAGCACGCAAGGCGACAAUAAGGUUCCAGUUCUUCAGAUCAACAAUGGGCCAAGCCUGUCCGGGCUAGUGACCAUCGCCACUCAUCUGGUCCAGGAGGCCAAGCGGCCAGAGCUGCUGGGCGACUCUGCUGAGCAGAGGGCCGUGGUGCAGCAGUGGCUGGAGUACAGGGUCACCAAGCUGGACAACUGCCCCAAAGAGGAAAUCAAGACCAUCCUUAAGGACCUUAACCAGUACCUGGAAGAUAAGGUUUACCUGGCUGGAAAUAAUUUCACUUUAGCUGACACUCUCAUGUACUACGGAAUUCAUCACAUAAUGGUGGACCUCACCGUUCAGGAGAAGGAGAAGUGGGCCAACGUGUCCAGGUGGUUCGACCACGUCCAGCACUACCCCGGAGUCCGACACCACCUGCCGCCGGUGGUGGUCUCGAGGAACCGCCUCUACACUGGCGGGCACCACUGAGCGCCCUGCCGGCACACGGCGGUCGGCUGCUAUUGGCUGCUCUGGGGGGGGGGGGAACAUCGUGACCUCUCCCCACCUAGCCCCGCCCCCCUCCCCUCCCCCUCAGCAUCCGAAGUCCAGAUUGCUAAUACCCGGGUGUACCCUGUGAAAAGUGAGGAACCUGUCUGGGUUGGGUGGUGUUUGGUUCUGAGUAUUUUUGGUUUUCUGGGGGUGUCUUUUUUCUUGCAUAUUAAUAUAUUCAAAUGAUUGAAGAGGUUGAAAGAAUCAGGUUGUUGAGGGACUAUAUUCAGCUUGGAGCAGAAUGCUGAAACGAUUCAUGUUCAUUUUGCAGGUGUUUGCAAGUGGCUGUUUGCAAGUGGCAGUAUGAACUGCAUAAUUUAAAUGUAACAUUCAGUGGAAUCUUAUCUGCCAGUGUAAAAAAAAUACUAAAACUGUGUGAAUAGGCCCUAGGGAAAAUGCCAUAUGUGCUUCAAAUCUGAAGCCUUUAUGAAAUGUUUUCUUGUUUAAGAAUUUUCAAGAAUAUCGAAAAUCUCUUCGUUCCUGCAGAAAACGCUGCGUCGUUUUUUUUUUUUCCCCCCCUUCUUCUUUGCAAGCUAGUCUCGGAGAAAGUUUCUGCUUCUCCUCUGCCUAUUUUUGGUACAGUACAUCUAGCGGCCCGGGCAUGAGCCUGGAGUUUUAAAUCAGACUUGCUCGAAUCAAUCAGCGUGUUUAUGCUGAAGGGGAGAGGGCAGCUCACCAGCUGUACAAAUGGAUUGGUAAUUGGCAGAGCUGCUCUGUCCAUGGGGCCUGGGUGAGAACAGCGCAUUGUGUGUGUCGUUCCUCUCCGUUUCCCGUUCGGAGGGCUGGAGGGCGGGAAACCCUUUCAUGUGCAGCCUCCCCGUGUUUGUAUGCCUUGCACAAAUAAACUUGAUUUAUCUGUUCGCAGCGCACCGCGUCGCCCAUCCCCGCUAAUAUGCGUUUUGACCGCCGGCACGGUGGAAGAAUAACCCUUUGCAACACGCAUCACGAUAGGAAAUUUGCAGAAGUGAUGCAAAUUAGCACACGCAUUAGCAAGUUACAAAUUACAUUAUUACACACCCACUAGCACACUACCUGAUUUUGAUCAUUGUAUUCAGUUUUCUUUUUCUGUAAAAAAAAAAAAAAAAACGUGCAGGCUCAUACAUUUGUCAUGUUUACUCACUGUUUGGUGUAAUUUAGACAAAUGUUGGUCCUUUGUACUUUUUUAUUGCAGUUGCUCUGUAUGAGUAUCUUUUUAUGUGGAACGUCUGCUGCUUUACCGAUGUUUAAUCUCAAAUAAAUGCUGUCCUGUGCCAAUAAAGGGAAACAAAUAUGGUACUGUGA